GAGUAUGGGUAUGGAGGGGUGGGGGGUUGCCUUCCUGAACCUCCCAUUUUCGUGCUAGAAAAAGGACUCUCAUCCACAUAUUAGGGUUCCACAUAUUUUCAGGGGAGAUCCAGGGGGCAAGGACUGAAGCCUCAAGCCAGAAGUCAUCAAGGAGGGUGCACUUUAUCUUGAUACCCCGGGAAAUGAGUAGGGAUCUGAGAGCCUCGAUUUAGGGCUCUUUACAAUGAGAGGGAAAAUUACCCAUGGUGGAAUGGAAAACGGGCAGACUGGACAAAGCAAGCUACAGAAAGGAAGCCGGCCGGGAGAGGAAACUUUCCAACCCGCCCCGCCCCGUGGGUGGGAGGGGAUUUCACAGUCACUGGGAACCUGUCCAGGAGUUUAAGAGGCCGGCCACCGCCCUAGGGGCUUUUAACUGGUGGUUGCAUUAAGGGAUUAAUGGGAGAAGUAAAAGCAAAAGUAAACGAAAGGAGAGGAAAGGAAGGUUGUGUUUUGGAACCAGGUGAGAGUGCUUUGUGGGGGACUUCCUUGGUUCGUUAGGCCUUGGCCAUAUGCCCACACGGUGUCUGCAGUCGUGGGACACCCCGUUGGGAGGGUGUCCGUGGGUCCGUCUCCUGGAUGGUCAAUCCUUAUGUGGAGACGCCGGGCGAACCAGUUUUCAGAGUGUAUGUGCCCUAUAGACGGACAAACAAGGAGAAGGGAGAGAAGGCCCUCAGCCACUCACCAGACCUAGGGCAAAGAACAAAGAACAGAAAGGGGGCUACUCACUGAAGGAAACAGCCGAAGGGGACUCAACGGAGAGUCGAACGGAGAGAACGGUGGCAUCAAUUGGUGAGGCAAUCCGGGCAGCAACGAGGAAAAACAAAAAGAAAGAAAAAUGCCACACGAAAAAGGCAAUUAGAGUAACAAGGCCCAGGACUAGGUAGAAGCCUGUUUAGCCACGUUGGGCACCAGUGUUGCUGUUUAGGCGGACCUCCCUCCCACCGUGGGGGCAGGGGAUGAGUAGGUGCGGAGUCAACGACACUGGGAAACAAUCUGGGCGGUCUGCCAGUAAGCUCUCGUUUAUUGCAUACAAGGGAGGUCCCUUUAUACCCCUCCUUGCCUCCCCAUUGGCCCCUGAGUCCGAGGUGUUCUCUUCCAUUGGCAUGUGUCACACAUCAGCAGUGUCCAGGGCUCUCGGCAGGAAUCAGGUCGGGCCAUAAGCCCCAAAACUGCGCCUUCCUGCUCGUCAACAGGAAGCAGGGCGCCCCUGUGCUGUUGGGUCUCAAGCCUAGCCUCCUACAGCUGUGUUCUGAGCAGAGGCUGUCCUCUGAAGACAGGCUGUGUUUGAGGAGAGGCUCUAUUCUGAGGAAAGGUGCUCUCAGGAGAUGGAGGACAUGUUCUGAGGUAGGGUUGUUCUGAGGAGUUGGGGGCAUGUUUUGAGGCAGGAUACCCCCAUGCUGCUAUGCUGCUCCCCCUGCUUCUGAUGUCAGCAGCAGGCUGCUUUCUCCGGGCUCUAAUGAAGUUGGUAGAGAAUUGCUCCUUAGGGACAAGCAGAGCUGUUGACAAUCGGAAUGGACAUGAAAAUCCAUAGAUCCUGAUGUCAGCACAGGCUACCAUUUGAAGCCCACAGAAUCUGAAGAUCAGAGCCUUCCCACAGCUACCAGACAUUGGACUGGUCACUCUUGGCACUGUUGAUGCAUCCUUCCAGGGACAGUUUGCCACUGCUGUUUAUGUGAGUCGGCCUGAAGAUCUUGUCUGUUUAUUGCUCUGGAGUGGACAUAUCUUCGGGCAUCUUCAUCAUGGAGGAUACUAUCUUGUAGAUGACCUACGUGCUCUUGGAGCCUCAGCUGUAGCUCCUACAGCCAUUGCCUCGCAGGUGAGCUGUGCUGAAGGCCCACUUGAACUCCUGUUCCAGCUUGCCCUUCAGCACAAUCAUGAACUCCCUGACGUUGAUGGCACCACCCCAUUGGUGUCACACAUGUAGAAGACAUGCUAGGUGAGCUUGGAGGCGUUGCUGGAGAAGAAGAAACUGGUGUCAAUCUUCUGGAUCUUGUCCAUGGUCAGGUGGCAGGUCGGACAAUCCUCCAGGAAGCCCUGUACCACUCUCGCAGCUUGUAGUUGGUGAACUCUGUCUUCUCUCAUAGGUCCUGCAGCACCUUGCCGUCUGCUUGCCCACAGUGUCUGGCAGUGGAGACUGCACCUGGUGCUGGCCUUGCAUUCAUCACUGCCGGAGAUAUAAAAGGAAGCCGCUGGCCCAGGAUGAAGCAAGACACAGGCAUCUGCUGAUCUGCCAGUUGCCAGGCUGCAGCCACCACCAGCUUAGGAAGAAAGAGCAGUGUUGUACUCUUAGGAAGACCUGAGACUCCCUAGAGGCAGACCCCACUGUGCUUCCAGGUCCUGCUACUUCAGCUGCAAGGAGGACUCACCCUGCCUUGGAGAACUGACAGCCCACCAAGAUGCUGAGGCCUGCUGCCUGUGACUUUGGCUGCAAGCAGGGGAACUUGCUCUAGCCUUGAGACACUCCAGAGAUAGGGCGCCUGGCUUGUCCUCAGCAGAUCCAGACUUGCUCUGCAAGGGACUGCCCUCGGCUAAAGCUGCACCAGGUGAACCCCUCGGUUAGGAACCCUGAAGCCUGCUGAGAAUGUAGAGCUGUAACACUACCAACCUCUCGUCCUUUCUGGAUGUGGACAAGACAAGAACCUGAUUGGAGAAUCCACUGUUGCAGUGGGGCCUUGUUCUGAGGAGGUGGAGACAUGUUCUGAGGUGGUGAUGUGUUCUGAGGCUAUGGGGACAUGUUCUGAGAUUGUUGGGUGCCAAGUGAGGAGAGACCCCCCAGACUCUACCGAGCGAUACACACGUUGGAUCAACCAGUUGGCACCUGAUCAGCUGCUGACACAGGUGUUCACCUCACAUGGCCCCACAGUGAUCAUGCCCACCUGGUUCUGCUCUCGAGCCUGGUUUUUCCACGUUGGCCCAUUUGAUGAAGGAGGAAAGGGGGUGCCAGAGGACCUGCUCUUUUUCUAUGAACAUCUCAGGAAGGGAGGUGGCGUCUUCCGGGUGGACCACAGCCUGCUCCUGUACCGCUACCACCUGUAUGCUGCCACACACUCUGUCCUUGAGAUGACCAUCUGGACUCACCGUGUCCACUUCCUGGAGGAACAGGCCUUGCCUGGCUGGGAGUCCUUUACCAUCUGGAAUGCGGGCAAGCAGGGGCGUAGGCUGUACCGCAGCCUAUCUGCAGCCAGCCGGCGCAAGGUUGUGGCCUUCUGUGACGUGGAUGAGAACAAGAUCAAGAAGGGCUUCUACUGUCAUGAAGACUCUCAGGAAAGGCCCAAGCCACAGGUUCCCAUCCUGCACUUCCGAGCCGCCCAGCCGCCCUUCGUCAUCUGCGUGAAGCUGGACCUCACAGGGGGCGAGUUUGAAGACAACCUAAAGUCACUGCACUUGCAGGAGGGCCGGGACUUUAUUCACUUCAGCUGAGGUUAUCUCCAGAAUUUGCCUGUUCCACCUCAACAGACAAGACAGCAGAGCCGAUCCCAUGUGUGGCUUCAUCAGGUGACUAAAGCCAGGCUCCCACUCAGAAAACCUCAAGUUCAGGAGAGGUGUCUGAAGCGCUUCAAACCGUGGUCUGCUGGCUUAACUCAGUCUCACCAAAUGACUCCUGAUAAAGGCAGCAGCAUGGUGCAUUUUCACGCCCAGCUGCAUUGGAUGCAGGCUGUGGUUUUCAGCUCUGUUCCAGGUAUAUCAGUGUCCAGCCCCAACCGUAGAGAGACGAGAGGCACCUCUGGGGCCACUGGCGAGCCAUGUAAGGCUUAUUGAGCACUGCCCAGCAGUUUUGCCCAGGCCUAGGAUGCAGCAAGGCCCAGGAGACAGGCAUGGGGUUAUCACAGCAGGACAAAUGGGCACGCAGGCCCUGGGACAAGAGGAGCCCGUCUUUCUUGAAGAGGCCCAGGUGCUUGCACAGGUGUGAGAAAACACAAAGAUCCAGGACCAGAGGAUCAUCCCACAGGGACACUGGAUUCUGAGGACUGCUCCUUACUCCUCUGAACUGCUGACCUCACUGGCUUAGCACAUGAGAAAGCCGCCACCUACAUCCAUCCAGCAC